AUGAAUAGAUCCUAUUUCAAACGUCCCAAUCCGUACAAUAUAGCUAAUAGACAAAGCAGACGACAACCAAAAUCAUCAUCACAUCAAAAGAACAAAUCAUCAUCCAGUUGGUGGUGGACUUCUAGUACUGCUAAUCCAAUCAAAUCAGUUGAUCCAUAUGUAGAUUUGUUGAACAGAUUUGGCUCGUGGGGUAAGGUAGGCACACAAUAUACCCAACAGAUACCAUCGGGACAGGCACUGCCCGCUACAGAGUUAAAGCAGUGCACUGAUAAAGGUAUUACAUUUAUACGUAUACUCGGCGCCGGAGGUUUUGGUACAGUAUGGAAGUGUCGUCUAUCUCAACCACUGUCCGACAGAACCGGUAAGACUGACUAUACACAGUAUGAAAUGGCCGUCAAAAUACUAUCGAUUGAUAAAUUCAAACGCAAUCGUACGCCACAACAGGCCGUCAAACAAAUGAUGGAAGAGUAUGAUCUGCACAGAAGUCUGGACCACGAAAACCUUGUGCACUCAGAGGAUGCCUUCCAUGUUAUGGAUCAGACAACACAGUUCCCAUAUGUCCGACACCUGCACUUCAUGGAGUUGUGUACCAAUUGUCUGAGAUCUUUACUAAAUCAGAGUGAACUUUCUGAAUCUCACGCCAAACAAUGGUUCAAACAGGUCUCGAUGGGACUCCAGUAUCUGCACAAUAGGGGCAUUGCGCACAUGGAUAUCAAGACGGCUAACAUCCUAUUCAAAUUCCAUUCGACUACUAAUACCACUACAUACAAGCUAUCUGAUUAUGGCCUAUCGGUAACAAAUAAUCAAAUUGGCUAUUUUGCAGGUACCCGUACGUUUGCUGCACCGGAACUAUUCACAGCUACUAGGGCGGCACCGGUAGACACAUUUAAGUGCGACAUUUACAGUCUUGGAUUGACUAUUUGUGAAACCUUGAUCGGCAAAAAUCGUCAAAGUGAAGCCAUGGCAGCUAUUAAAAAGGUAAAAAAUCCCAAUCAGAUGCUUCAAAUAACCAGUAGACGUGCCAGUCCUAAACUACCAGUUAAAACAUACAAGUUUGUCAAUAUGGUCUAUUGGAUGCUUACCGACGACCCAAACCUACGGCCUACCAUCGAUCAAGUAAUUAAUUGUCAAUGGUUUCRGGAAUCACCGUAA